AAUGGUUCUACAGAUAUAUAUUUCCAGCAAUCCUGGUGGUUGGCAGCUAAAGAAGAAACAAGAUCAUAUUGUCUGGACCUUGGAAUCAAAGGGAAUUGAACAUGAAGUUAUUGAUAUAUCAAAUCCCAGGAGAAAAGCCGAUAAGGAUAGAAUGAUCGAAAAAGCAACGACUGAGGGUAAAAGUACAGCUCCUCCUCAAGUUUUUAACGAUGAAGAUUACAUUGGAGAUUAUGAUGCUUUCUUUGAUGCUCUCGAGACGGAGAAGCUAUUUUCUCAUCUAAAAAUAGAAAUACCAGAAGAUGAAGUAGAAUAUUUAGCGACAAUAUCAGAUAGUAGUUCGAGUAGUUCGAGUAGUUCGAGUUCAUCUGAAGAAGAUAGCAGUGAUUCAAAUGCAAAAUCCGGUGAUUCGAAAUCUGGAAGCGAUGCCUCACAGUCGCCUAAAAAGAAAAAAAAGAAAAAGAAGAGCAAGAAAAGCAGCGAAGAAGAGGAGUCAUCCUCUGAUGAAACUGAUUCUGUGAAAUCGGCGUCCAGUUCAGAAAAAAAGAAAAAGAAAAAGAAAAAAAGUAAACCUAUACCAGAGUCAGGCUCCACAAAAUCAGAUGAGUCUGAAAAGAAAAAGAAAAAGAAAGCGAAAAAGAAAGCGGAAGAGGAGGAAACAUCUGAAGAAUCUGAAGAGUCUACUGAAAUUAGCUCUAGUGAAGAAGAGGAAACUGAAGAAGAAAAGGACAAAAAAAAGAAAAAGAAGAAAGAAAAGAAGGAUAAAGACUCAGAAUCCGAAGAGAGUGAGGAAAGCGAAGAAAGUGACGAGAGUGACGAGAGUGAUGCUAAAAAGAAGAGUUCUAAAAAAGAUGCCAAAAAGACGAGGAGUAAAAAAGAGUCUUCUUCUGAGGAAGAGAAAGAGAAAAAGUCUAAAACCAAGAGGGACGGUUCUAAAACGAAGGAAAAGAAAAAAGAGUCUUCUUCCGAGGAAGAAUCUUCAGAAGAGGAAGAAAGCAGUGAGGAAAGUGAAGAUGAAGACAGUAAAUCUAAAGCUAAAAAGGAAGAAACUAAAAAGAAGGAAAAGAAAAAAGAAUCUUCCUCUGAAGAAGAGAGUGAAACGAGUGAAGAGAGUGAAGAUGAAGAGGAGAAAACUAAAACCAAAAAGAAUGAGAUUAAAACAGUAGAAAAGAGAAAAGAAACAUCCUCGGAGGAAGAGUCUUCCGAAGAAAGCAGUGAAGAGAGUGCAGAAAGUGAACAAGACAAGAAAAAAUCUUCGCCGAAAAACGUUAAAGAAGGGAGGAAAGGAAAAGAAUCGUCUUCGUCGGAAGAAGAGUCCAGCGAAGAAGAAUCAAGCGAGGAAGAGGAAGAAAAGACUAAAACCGAAGCACAGACUAAGCCAGCUAAGAAACAGGAGAGUUCUGACGAGUCUGAAGAGGAAUCUACAGAAGAGUCUUCGUCAGAAGAAUCCGAAGAAGAAAAGAAGAAACCAGUUAAGAAAGAAUCUUCAGAGGAAUCCAGCGAGGAAAGUGAAGAAGAAAGUGAAGACGAAAAAGCAGCAGUAGUAAAAGAGGAAAAGAAGAAAACGGUAGUUAAAGAAAGCAGUUCUGAGGAAGAAGAGGAAAGCUCCGAGGAAAGUUCUGAAAGUGAAGAUGAUCCUAAAGAAAAAAAGAAAGAAAUUGAUAGGAAAAAUGAAAGUGAAAGCGAGGAGAGUUCAGAGGAAUCAGACUCAGAGUCUGAGGAAGAAAAGAUUGAUGAAAAGAAAGGAAAAGAUAACAAGGAUACAUCAGCCAUUAAAUCAGAGAGCAAAGAAGAAAGUAGCAGUGAAGAGUCUGAAAGCGAUGAAGAAUCUUCUGAAGAUGAAAAAGAUGAUAAAACUAAGGCGAAAAAAGUAGAGAAGUCUAGCAGCGAAGAAGAAGAAUCAAGCGAAGAGGAAGAAUCGAGCGAAGAAGAAGAGGAUAAAAAAGAAACAAAAAAAGAAGCCUCCAGUAAGAAGGAAACAAAGGAAUCUAGUAGCGAAGAAGAGUCUAGCGAAGAAGAAUCUAGCGAAGAGGAAUCCAGCGAAGAAGAAUCGAGUGAAGAGGACACCAAAACGAAAAAGAAAUAA